GGAGGCCAACCGUCAGUAUUGGACCCACAUGGCCAAACACACUGAGUGGGCUGCAUCCCACCCAUGCAGCCAAUACCCAGAAACUUCCAUCCCGACGUUCCUCUACGGCGACGAUGUGAAGUACAACCGGCAGGAGAAGUUGACCUGCAUCUACCUAGGCUUCAUCUUAGCCGACAAGAAGGGCCUAGCAAUGCGGACCCACUUCCCGAUAUUCAUCGUCAGGGUAGUCACAUCGCUCAAUGCUGCCAUCUUCGGCUUCACGCCAGCGCGGCCCAUCCUGAAUGCCGAUGGUACAUGCGAAGGGGAAGGUGUGCCGGAAAUGCUCAUGAACAAACCACUUGUUGUCGACAAUGGGGAGGUGGUCCGGUUUCCGCUUUGUGAAUUGCGUGGAGACUGGAAGUUCUACAAGGCAUUUCAAAUUAAAAUUGGAAUAUGA